AGUAGUGGCCACAGCCGGGCUGUCUGCACUUGGGACGGUCUCAGAGGCCGUGGGCAGCAAGUCGGCAGACGAUGACACAACCCAACGCGCCUUCACCACCCCCCGCCUUAGCAUGAAGUUGGCUAAGGUCAUGGUCAAAAAUUCAACCAAUGAUACAGAUGACAGCAAGCAGACGAUGGACCUACCUUCAGGAGGUUUUGAUGUCCCCAAUUCUGUUCUGGCGGGCUCCGCUGCUAAUUGUCCUAGUCUAAAUACUAUGUUUAUGGCUGACUCAGACAACCCGUUCACCUACGCCGAAGUUGCCAACAGUGUGGGCAAAGGUGUCCUGUCGCUAGGGUACUCGUGUAACGGCGAGAAACUGACCGUCUCAGGGACUGAGGAACCAAUCCAGCUGUGGAUAGAACGGGACGCCACCAUGUAUGAGCACAGCUUGUUCCUGCUCUUGACCAAGACCAAACAAGAUACCUGGACCAACUUCAACUACCACCCCGUCAACAUCACAGACACAAACUCCUCUCUACAGAUUGUUCUAGAACCCCAGGAGAGCUCCUCGGAAUACUCAGUGUAUGUGGCCUACGGCGAAAGACCUAACCUGACGCACUACGACUUCACUGGCUCCAGUCCCAACACACAGGUCACCCAACUCAAGGGCUAUGGACAACUCAACGACACACAGAAGGACCAGUUAAGAUUUUCAGUCUCUGUUCCCCUGGAAGUGACCUCGUUAAAUGGCACCUACUGGAUUGGAGUCAAAUUAAAGAGAGGCAACAUUCAGGUGGAAGACACCAGCGUCAACACAAGCUACACCUUGCUCAGCCUCAUCUCUGGUUGUCGCUUCUGGGAUGAGAGCAACAACACCUGGUCUUCUGAGGGUUGUCAGGUAGGGCCACUGACAACCAAGUUCAAGACACAAUGUCUGUGUAAUCAUCUGACGUCAUUCGGAUCUGACGCGGUGGUCGCCCCCAACACGAUUGACUUCAGCAACGUUUGGGCCAAGUUCGGCGACCUGAACGAGAACGCUGCGGUGUUUGCUACCGUCAUCUCGCUUCUCUGUCUUUACGUCAUCAUGCUGGUGGUGCUACGUCAUUUGGAUAAGAAAGAUUUGGUUAAGUGGGGCGCCGUACCCCUGGAGGACAACCUGCCCACAGACGACUACUACUAUCAGCUGACUGUACAGACCGGCAUGAAGAAAAACGCCGGCACCGACUCCCAAGUUCGCUUCAUCGUCUCUGGCGAGGACGGCGACACCGGCGUUAGGAGGCUGACAUUAGCUGACGGUCAGCGGAAGCACCUUGCCCGAGGGUCCAUACUGAACUACGUCAUGAGUGUGGACUCGUGUCUGGGUUCUCUCAACUUCCUGCGAGUCUGGCAUGACAACAGCGGUCAAGGCAAGAACCAGUCCUGGUACCUGGACCAGGUGCAGAUUAAUGACCUGCAGACAGGUGACAGGUUUAUCUUCUUGUGUGACCGCUGGCUGGCUGUUGAGGAGGAUGACGGAAUGGUCGACCGAAUUUUGCCGGUGGCAGGUCUGGAGGAUCUGAUAGCAUUCAAGCAACUCUUCUCGACGUCUGCCAGAAAAAAGCUGGCCAAUGAUCAUCUGUGGGUGUCCGUCUUCUCAAGGCCGACCCGGAGCAACUUCACGCGGGUCCAGCGUCUGUCAUGCUGCAUGUCUUUGCUGUUUCUCACCAUGAUCACCAACGCCAUGUGGUUUAGAGGGGACACAGCCCAACAGAACGUGGAAGCCAUUAAACUUGGACCAUUCUCCUUUACACUUGCGCAGUUUUUCAUCAGUUUUGCCAGCACCAUCAUCGUGUUCCCUCCCAGCUUUGUGAUGAUGACCUUCUUCAGGAAGUGCCGGCCAAAGAAAAAUGCCAUAGCUCAGUUAAAUCAGGCCACAGUCAAGGACAGUCAAAAGUUCAGGUGGAGAAAUAUCACAUCGACCUCCAUGCUGUGGGGGUCAAGGCCAAAACAAAGCAGGCUAAGCAAGUUGAAAGAGAGCAUCACAGGGAUCCUGACGGCACACAAGAAAAACAAAUACACAGACGCCGAGCCCAUGGACGAGGGCGUGGACAACAUUUUCAAAGCCAAGAAGAAGAAGAGCUGGUCUCUGCCACACUGGUGCAUCUACAUAGCCUGGACACUUUGCUUCUUUAGCAUCGUGGCGUCGGGGUUUUUUACAAUCCUUUACAGCAUGCAAUGGGGCAGAGAGAAGGCCAACCAAUGGCUGACAGCUUUCCUGCUUUCCUUCGUCCAGUCUGUAAUCAUAGUUCAACCAAUAAAGGUGCUCCUGUUGGUGGCGUUUAUCGCGUGUGUCCUCAAGAAACCAGAGUUUGACGAGGAGGAGCUGGACGAAGACAUCACCAGCGUCCUAGCCCAGAGAGAUAAGAACCUCAACACAAGGGACGAGACCAGCCUGUCACAAAUAAUUUUGCAGCGUCGAAGCGACAACACGGAGUUCCAGCCGCCAGACCCAGAAGAGCUCGCCAAAUCUCGCGAGAACCGGAUGAUGGAACUCAAGAUGGAGGCGGUGCUGAAAGAGAUUCUCAUCUACACAAUUUUCCUCGGCAUCCUCUUCUUCUUGUCCUAUCAAGAGCGUGACCCACAGUCGUACACCAUGGGAAACACGAUCCGAAACAACAUGCUGGCUGGCUUUGAUGAAAUCACGACAGUCCCCGACUUCUGGGACUGGCUGGACGGCACCUUCCUGCCGGCACUCUACGCCCUUCACUACGCUGACGGUACCGACGUCCGCUUCUGGCAGGACGCAGCUUGUGUGGCCGACAUGGAGAACAGACGGGUGGGCGUGGCCAGGAUAAGACAACUCAGAAUUAAAAAUGAUACAUGCACGAUAGAUCCGCAUCUAAGGGCAAUAAUCCACCACUGUCGCGGCGAAUACAACUGGAUUGAUGACGACACAGCUCCUUACCUCCCCUUCUGGGUCCAGCCGCCAGAAUCAGAGGCAAAGCAGCUAAAGGAUAGCACAUCCCCGUUUGUGUACCAGAACUCAAUCAAGCUGAAAACUGCGCCCUAUGUUGGAAAUAUUGCCACCUACAAGGGCGGGGGUUACGUCAUCUUGGCCAAGCGCCAGUACAGCCGCACUAAGGUCAUCAUAGACUUGGCGCGGGCCCAGGAUUGGUUGGACCUGAACACCAAAGCCAUCUUCCUCGAGUUCACGGUGUACAACGCCAACUCGAACCUCUUCACCUCAGUCACAGCCCUGGUCGAGUUCCUGCCUGUGGGUACAGCCGUUACAAAAGGCGACAUAAAGGUGUUUCGACUGAUGAGCUACAUUGGAGGAUUUGGUCUGAUAGUGCUCAUCAUGGAGGUCCUCUUUGCCAUUUUGACCUUGGUUUUCUUCGUCCAAUGUGUCAAGAAGGUACGGGCUAAAAGACUGAGUUAUUUUAUGGACUUCUGGAACCUUCUGGAAUUCGUCCUGCUGUGUCUGGCUCUAACCUCCAUUGGGCUGUACGCCAUGAAACACAUCCUGACAGACGUCGCCAUGGCUGCCCUACACAACAGGAAGUCUGAUGGUUUCGUCAACUUCAACUCGAUCGCUUUAUAUGACGACCUGUACGGCUACGUCAUGUCCGGCGUCGUCUUCAUGGCAACCAUCCAGUUCCUUAAGUUGCUCCAGUUUAACAAGAAGAUGGGCAUGUUGGGCUCAACGGUCAAGCUAGCGACAAAAGACCUCAAAUAUUUCUCCAUUACAUUCUUCCUCUACUUCUUCGCCUUCACGGCAACUGGCUUUCUGCUGUUCAGCAACAAUUUGGCCACCUACCAGAACGUGGCCACCACGGCUGAGUCCAUGUUCGCUUUCGCACUGGGCAGUUUUGACUACGGCGAAAUAACAGCAGCACAGCCAUUCUGGGGACCUAUAUUUGUUUUCAGCUACAUUGGCAUUGUGUACAUCGGCCUGAUGAACAUGUUUCUGACCAUCAUUGGCGAGGCGUUCAGCCAAGUAAAGGAGAAUGUGGCCCUACAGAGCAACGACUACGAGAUCGUGGAGUUCAUGUGGAAAAAGAUAAAAGCCAUGUUUAGCUAGACAAAUGUCCACUUUUACUGACCAAUGGCUUUUUGCCAUAGUAGAAAUCGCUUCAACUGUUUUUACUUCUGUCGUAUUUUUCCACUACCUGUGAUUUUUGCAUCACUUAUAAUUUCUUGUUGUUUGUGUCACGUUUCCACAUGACAUCAACAUUUAGGCGGCCGCCCAAACAUCCUACCUGUGACACAACAUCCGUACACAAAGUCACACAUCAUGUACUAUUUAGUUUAAAAUCAUCGCUAAAACCCAAACCAUCCAUGAACUUGGCGGGGUUUCUACUUUAGAUUAAACCCAUAUAUUGUUGCAGAUUAAAAUAUUCAGCUAUUCUAAAAAGAUUAGAAUAAUAUGUUGUAAUUAAUUUCCAAAGCACACACUGUCAGAAAAGACAAAAAUAUUUGAAUUAAGCAAUCAUAAAAAAUUUAGACUUUAUACAAAGUGAAGUGGGGUUUAGUUCACCGGACGAAGCUGAAAAAUUAGGGUGUUGGGAAAUUGCGAGAUGCGAAAUGGCGAGGCGGGAAAAUAGUUUUAUUAAAUGUAAGUCCUGACAGGGGAAGACUAAACUACGUCCCUAAUCUUAUAUCAA